AUGUCUGGUCAACUAGAGCAUGAGUUGGAGCUUCAUGUGCCAGCAAAUGAAGCAUGGGAACUCUUUGGCACACUUGGUAUUGGAAAACUCGUUGGGGAAGAGAUGCCUGAAUUGUUUCAGAAAGUGGAAAUAGUUGAAGGAGAUGGAGGAGUUGGAACUAUUCUCAAACUCACAUUCACCCCAGGUAUACCCGGCCCAGCUAGUUACAGUGAGAAGUUCACCAAGAUUGAUAAUGAAAAGCGUAUCAAAGAAGUAGAGGUAGUUGAAGGUGGAUACUUGGAAUUUGGAUUCACACUAUAUAGAGUUCGUUUUGAAGUUAAAGAGAAAGGUGAAGAUUCGAGCAUAAUCAAAUCUACAAUAGAGUAUGAAGUCGAGGAUGCAGCUAAUGCUUCCCUUGUUUCCAUCGAUCCAUUGGCAAACAUUGCACAAAUUGCUAAGAAUUAUCUCGGAAGAAACAAGGCUGCAAAAGAUGCAAAAUAG